AAGAUGCGAAGUCCGUUGACGGCGAUCGGGGCGAUGGCGCUCGUCCUCAUGGGCCUCGCCGACGCCUCCGCGGGCGCUGAUGCGCUGGCGACGAGCAAACUCUCUCUCAUCGAGGCGAGCCCAUUCAUCCUUCGCUUUGACGAGGCCAUGGCCGCCGAAAUGGCCAUGAGCUCGGCCACGGGGGUCUAUGCCGCUGGCAUGGACGGUAACUUGCCCGUCGUGCUCAUGCAUGGCAUGGGCGACGCUGCGGGGAACCCUGGCAUGCAGCGCCUCCGCAAGGCGGUCGCUGCGCACCUCAACACGUACGUGACGAACGUCCAGAUCGGCGACUCGGUCGCUGCCGACUCGUCCAACAGCUUCUUCAUGAAGUUUGACACCCAAGUCGACCUCUUCGCCAAGCAAGUUGCCAAUGACCCGAACCUUGCGGAGGGCUUCAACGCCAUGGGUUUCUCGCAAGGCAACCUGCUCAUCCGGGGGUACAUUGAGCGCUACAACACGCCACCAGUCAAGAACUUCAUCUCGGUGCACGGCCCACUGGCCGGCGUCGGGGCGCUUCCCCACUGCGCGCCGACCAGCUUUAUCUGCAAGCAAAUCAAUGCCAUCAUAUCGACUGCAGCCUACACGGAUACCGUCCAGGGCAAGCUCGCGCAAGCCAACUAUUUUCGCGAUCCAAGCCAGAUUGCUGCCUACCUCGCCCACGCUCUCUUCCUUCCCGACAUCAACAAUGAAAAGUCCGUCAAGACACCCGAGUACAAGACCCGGUUCGCGUCGCUCACGCACCUGGCGCUCGUCCGCGCCGCGCACGACACGAUGGUCUACCCCCAUGAGUCGGAGUGGUUUGGGGCGUACGCCGACGGUCAGAGUGACGUGGUGUUGCCCAUGCGGUCGACGCAGUGGUACCAGCAAGACUCGUUUGGGCUCGCAACGCUCGAUGACAGCGGUCGUAUCACGUUGUACGAGACGCCAGGGGACCACCUCCAGGUCUCGACCGCCGACCUCCUUGGCUGGAUCGACGCACAUUUUGUAAACCACGCGGUCACGAAUGCGUAAACGUGGCGUGUUAAUGGGC